AUGCAACUCUUUUCUCUUGUUCUGUUCCUCUCCAUAUUGAUGUUGUUUGCCAAGAGUGUAUUUUCCUUUCGGCCCUUUUUCUUGGCUCGCAAUCUAAGACGACAACGACAAGGUCCCAGUGCCGCCGUUACCAAAGUCUUGUUUGGCACCCAGAGAGGAGGCGACUUGACUCCACCACCCGCGGAACGACACGAAGAUCGUGUCAUUUACGCCGGUGUGGCUCCUAAAGGGUGGCCUUCCGAUGUGCCACGACAAUCGGAAUACUCGGCCCACAAAUUACUCGAUCCACCCGUGGCGGUUCCCGAUCCCUACGGUUGGCUCAGAGAUGACAGUCGGACUCAGCAACCCGUAUUGGAUCAUUUGCAACAAGAAAAUGAUUACACGGGCAAUCUGACACAACAUUUAGAAGGCUUGCGCCAAACACUCUACGACGAAAUGCUGUCGAGUAUUCAAGAAACCGAUUACACGCUACCGCGACCCAAAGGAAAGUACUAUCAUUAUUCACGCACGUUUCAGGGGCAAUCGUAUGCAUCUUACUGUCGGGCACCACGAAAGCAUGACAGUGACAAGGACCAUAAUAAUCCACUCCUCCACAUGGAUUGGGAUGGAUCUGCUGAAGCGCCCAUUUUACCAGGAGAACAAGUCAAGUUGGACGUCAAUGAAUUAGCCAAGGGCAAAGACUAUUGUGCCGUGGGAAGUGUCACCACAUCUCCUUCCGAUGAACUAUUGGCGUAUACGGUCGACUUUAAAGGAGACGAACAGUGCGAGCUCUACGUCAAACAUUUAGAAACGGGAGAAAUUGUCGAUCACGAUCCAUCCCUUCAAAUGUACGGCCGGGUGCUGUGGGGAAAUGACGAUCAUACCAUUUUUUAUCUCAAACUCGACAGUACUUUACGACCGUAUCAAGUCUAUCGAAGGACUAUUGGAACUGCAACAAAAGAGGACGAUGAACUCUUGUUUGAAGAAACGGAUGAAAUGUACUGGACAUCCAUCAGCAAAUCACUCGAUGGCAAGUAUCUCUUUGUGGAAACAUCCUCCACGGAAACUUCCGAAGUUCAUUAUUUGGAUUUGAAAGACGAUAAUGAUAGCAGCACUCUGCAGUGUGUUGCCAAACGCCGGUUCAAAGUACUCUAUGACGUCGAACAUCGAAAUGAACAAUGGUGGAUCACGUCCAAUGUCAAAGGGACACCCAAUAUGCGUUUGUUCACGGCUCCCGCCCAACCCAAUUGUCAAGACGACUGGGCACUGGUCACCGAUCCUACUACUGAAGGAACACCAUUGUUUGAUGGUGGUUAUGCACGAGCCUUGCAUGGUGUCACGGCGUUUGCCGGGCAUGUUGUGGCACAAGGACGGGAAGGAGGCAUGCCUCGCGUAUGGUUGCUCACCAUGGAUGAUAUCAACAAAGUGGUAAAAUUUGAUACCCUGACAUUUGAAGAGGAAGCCCACGAUGUUGGUUUGACCAGUCACUUUGAAUUUGAUGUGGACAAGAUUGUGGUGGCCUAUGAUUCCAUGAUUACACCCUUGCAGUACUUGGAACUGCCACUGGACAAUCCGACUGAUGAAAGUGAACGAACCGUGCUCAAAGACAAGCUCGUUCCGGGAUAUGACAAGAAUCUAUACAACUGUGAGCGGGUCAUGGCGCUGUCGCGCGAUGGCACCACGGAAAUACCAGUCAAUUUGGUGUACCGAAAGGAUAUCAUGGAACAACAUGUCGCCAGUAGUGGGGGCGGCGAGCCCGUUCAUUGUCACCUGUACGGUUAUGGUUCCUACGAAGCUUGCAUGGAAGCGUCGUUUAGUGCCACCCGACUGUCCUUGUUGAACCGAGGGAUUGUCUAUGCCAUUGCUCAGAUUCGGGGAGGUGGAGAAAUGGGUCGCCAAUGGUAUGAGGAACCCAACGGUGCGAAGUACCUUUGCAAAAAGAACACAUUCAAUGACUUUGUAGAUGUCGCUCGUUACUUGAUUGAUACCAAAAAGUUGACCAGCCCACAAAAACUCACUUGCGAAGGGAGAAGUGCCGGUGGACUGCUGAUUGGUGCUUCAAUCAAUCAAGCACCAGAAUUGUUCAAAGUUGCCAUUCUGGGUGUGCCAUUUGUGGAUGUAGUGUGCACCAUGAUUGAUGCGUCCAUCCCCUUGACAACCGGGGAAUGGGAAGAGUGGGGGAAUCCAAACGAAGAAAAGUUUCAUGAAUACAUGAUGGAAUACUCUCCCAUGCAAAAUGUCAAAGAAGGAGCCAUCUACCCGUCCUGUUUGCUCACGGGAGGUUUGCAUGACUCACGAGUAGCCUUCUGGGAACCUGCCAAGUUUGCAGCCACACUACGACAUGCACAAAGCCCCGAGUCCGGCCCGGUGUGCUUGAAAAUGGAGCUUUCGGCUGGUCAUUUCAGCGCCAGCGACCGAUACAAAUAUUACCGAGAACUCGCUUUUGAUUAUGCCUUUCUUCUGGACCAGAGAGGGCUGUAA